AUGGAACAAAUUGAGAACGUGAUUGGUCAGGGAAAUAAUUUUGUGAGAGAAAAAAAGUUUGCUCAAGCCAAGGAAGUGUAUUCGGAAGCCAUCCGAUUGUUAUCGAUGGUUGGCGAUCAGUCAUCGGAGGAAGUAAAGCAACAAUAUGUGAGAGUUUUUAAUAAUAGAGCACAAGCUUGUUUGUCUUUGAAAGAGUAUGAACAAGCUAUUUUCGAUUGUAAUCAAGUGUUAAACCUUGAUCCAUUGAAUGAAAAAGCAAUUAUUAGAUUGAUUCAAAGUAUUGCACCAAAUAACAAUGUGAUGGCAUACAAAGUUCUUUUGGAUGCCAUGCUCCGAUUGCCAACCAAUCAAAAAUUGGUGGAUCUUCAAAAAGCAUUAUUUCCAGAUUAUAUUAAUUUGACAACAUUGAUUGGCUUGGGAUGCGAACAGACAAACAAGUAUAUUUUCUCUGUGAAACAAUUGAGAUCAAUUUUACACAAACCAUACCAUGAUACUUGGCAAGUUGAGGAUUACUUUGAUCCAAAGAGUGAAGGAAAAUGUUUUGAUAUUCCUUGUCCACCUGAAAAAUUCAUUGCUCACCAAGAAAGUAUUCAACAGGAGGUGACAUACUUUGAGGAACUUGCUAAGAAAAAUAAGGGAACACUCCAACCAAUAUUGGAUUAUAGUAAUGUUUAUUGUACCAUUCCAAAAAUUGCUACCGAUACUGAAUUCCCAAUAUCUCAUCAAUAUUACUACAAAUUUUCACAUGGAGAAAAGAAACCAAAUGGAUUUGCUAAUCUUGCUUGGAUUAGAUCUCUUUUCAGAUUGAAAGCUAAUAAUAAGGAGAUUUUCAUAAUGCUCCCUUCUAAAUCUAGUGGAGAGUGGAAAUUGUAUAGAUUAUCAAAUUUCGGAUUGCAAUUUGGUAAUGUGAGAUGCAAAUCUGUCAAUUGGUAUGCUAUUCACAAGGGUGAUGUUGUAGUCAGAGAUUUUGACAAGCACAUAUGGUCAAGAUUAAUUUUGGAAGAAGUGGACAACACAGCCAACCAAGAGGAAUUAUUCAUCGACUUUAUGGCAGCUCAAUUUAACCAUUUUGAUUAUUUCACAUCUCUCAAAUUGCCAUGUAAAAUAUUUACAAGAGAAUCAAUCAAGCAAUACGAAGAUGUUUACUGCGAGGAUUAUAUUGGAGUGUACAAAAUUAAGGACCGUACAGUUAUGGGUUUAGAUGCAAGAACAUUUAUUGAAAGAUCUUUCCUUUCAGAAUUCCCACUCGAUGAAUAUCCAACAAGAUUAUUAUUCAAAUUGGAUGAAGCCUACAAGUAUGAACUCUCCCAAAGAAAUUACAUCCCAAAGGAAAGAAGAUUUAUCUAAAUCAAUAAUUCUUCUCAAAUAUUAUUUCCCGCCAAGAUUCAUUUCAAAUUUUCAAAAAUAAAAAAAUGGAGAAAUCGUUACAGCUGCUUC